AUGAAGGAACAUAUAUCGGCCCACCAACUACGUCUUUGGAGAGCUUUCGAAACUCCAGAAUGCCGCUCAUUCGGGAUGAGUUGUCCCAUCGGUCUUGGUUCUUCCCGACCUGGAUCCAAUCAGCACGGACGUGCAUUAUCCGUUUCAAACUACCGGUCUCGCAUGUCAGUGGCGAGACUCAUCACAACUGAGUCAGAAGCCUUGAUGGUCAUUGUUUCUACCAGGUCGCAGUCGGUCUCGAGAACAACCAAAUUGGCGAUGCCCUUGUCUUUAACCUGGGUCCUAGGCAGAACCGGCACUUCGAUACGUACACCAUGUUGCUGGUUGCAGGCGAAUGCGCAUGUUCUGAGAGUGUCGAAUCAUGUGUCGGUGCAGACUUCUGGGAGCACCUGUAGAGACAGUUUGGAUUUAGUAUUUUCUAGAUAUAGAUUCUCCGCGAAGCCACGCUCUCGUAUCAUCUUCAGUACUUUACAAGAGUGA